AGUUGCAUGUCGUUUGAUAUGCGUACUGAUGAAUCGUCAGAGUACAUCUGAGUCGUCUGAGCACAUCUGAGUCGUCUGAGUACAUCUGAAUCGUCUGAACUCAUAUCAUGUGAUCCAUCUGGUUACAUUCUGUACAUGGUUGAUGAGCAUGGUUGAUGAGCUGAUGUUGCCUAAUAAUGUUAUCAAUUUAAACAAAUGUACGGCUGUUAACUAAUCUAGAAGCUCGCAUGUCAUCAGACUUGGAGAUUUCAAGAUUUUGUAUCACUCGUAUUUGUAAGUGGUUUACUAUGCCUCGUUUUCCCCGAAGAUACAGAUUGUUUGGUAAACUCAUGGUUUCUGCCUCAAGACAACCUCUAGUAACAAGUCAGGUAGAGAGAUGGCCAGGAUCUAAUGAAAUGUACUCCAGAAAGCUUUUGUCAAAUUCUACCGAUCGUCACAAGUCUCAGUUGAACUCAAGUAAGCAGGAUCUAUUUGCCCUGUUCGAUGCCAUUGAGCUGAGUUGGUACAGCAAAGUGUGCUCCCUUGUUACCUGUCCUGGACUUCAGAUCAAUGGAUUAAACGAGGAAGGGAUGACCCCGUUAGACGUGUCUCUGUUGCUGGGUGAUACUCCCGUUGCUAGGGUACUACAACAUCACGGAGCUGCUGAAAGUAUGAGAUAUAUGAAGGAUCCUGGAGUAAGAUACCAGCACGUGUUGGCACUUCUCCAAGAAACUGAGAUAAACCGAACGAAUGUUCUCAGCAAUCCUUGUACCCUCUCCCUGACCUCCGAUCCACCGGAUAGCAAAGGAUCUGAUACAGAUCAGAAAUUGUGGAAAUAUCAUCGGAUGUUGUCUACCCUCAAGAACACAGUGUUACCAGGGAUGCCUCAGAGGGUAUCUGCAUCCGUCCUCAGCAGCACGAGUAUAAAACUGGAGUGUUACGAGCCGACUGACUGCAAGCACUCCCUCAUCACUCAAUACAAAGUACAGCGGAGUAGUUGUCCUAACUUCCAGAGUGAUGUUCACACCGAGAUAGUAUCAGCAGGACAUGUCUUAUCUCACCAGAUAACAGGACUCAAGAAGGGGGUUUGUUUUUACUUCACCGUCCAGGCUGGGAAUAUCAAGGGCUUCGGAGCACCCUCGCCAAUUUUAAAAUGUACCCCGUCACACUGGUCCGACAAUGCUCCACCUACAGACCCACUCUCCCACCAGAGCAAGUGUUCCAACAUGCUCUCAGAUCUCCGGACCCACUUCAACUACCUCUUCCCCACCCUACUCUCUCAGACACCUACCAAGUGUAAACCUCGGAGCAAGAGCCUCAGUAGGAUAUUUACUACUCCUAAAUUUGUUAAGAACUUGAAUAGAUCUCUGUACCUAUCAGUCGUGCACUGCACUCAGAAUGGAAAAGUAUUGUUGACAGACUUUGAUAAACUACCCACCAUCGAGGUAGAGGAUCUAGUGACAGCACCAUCCGCUGAAACGGAACUAUUGUGGCUGUUCAAACAUGCCCUGGCAGGUUGGCCUUCAACCCGGGAGCUGAGAGAAGAACUGACUCCACACGAGGGGGUCGGGGGUAUAGGGCUCAGAUACAAACUACUCUCUGCUGCUAUAUAUCUUCAGGAUUGUUUAAGUUCUAAUGACUUGGGUAUACCUUACUAUCGACUUGUAAAGAAAAACGGCCAGCUCCUGAUUCUACUGAUCAAGACUGUUGAUCCGUCCACUCCGCCAUUUGGUGGCAUCCACUUUAGGAACUUAUCCACCUUGACUUCCGGGAUUGUUCAACCUAAAGAUGCCUUCGACAUAGCACACCUUAACGCCUCAGACCUCCAGACAGUUUACGAGCAAUUCGAACAACCACCUACUCCAGGACUAUUCGUAGGACUCCUCCUUUUCAAGAUGAAAGGAGAAGAGCUGGAGAUAGUGGUGGACAAGUCAUGUCCUCUGCUGCCACCACUGGAGUAUGUCAGAGAGGUGGGUCACGUGACUAUGGAAGAGUGGGACUGUCUCCGGAGGGCGCAACUCGGGGGUGCUGGCAACAGCGUACUCUGUAAACAGGUAUCUGCUGCAGCUUGUGCUUUGCUCUCCCGGGUCCAUGACACCGAAUCAGAUAUUGACAAUUAUGCUAUCUUCACAAAAACUAUCAUCGAAAUCGGGGGUACUUCAGUUAUCUUGAUAAUCCCGCCCCAAGUUGUAGCUCCCCUCGGGUAUGAUGGAGAUAUUGACGGCACAAUAUCCGUCCCUCUCCAGAACUAUGAGAUCUUCCUGAACCGAGUCUGUCGGGGUGAUCUGACCAGAUCAAUGCUGCACGUGACAACUCACAUGAACACGUGUCACGCCAUCCUCGUCCAGAUGAUCAGACAGACAAUCAGCACUGACCAAUCAGAACAACUCAGACUUUGCCAGGACAAGUUUAAGAAAAUGCACGAGGAGAUGUGUGGGGUUUGGUCCGAGUAUUGCAGUUUCUCUAAAGUCCUGAGCGAGUGUAUGAAGGAGGGGGACCAGUGUGUCAGGAGUAUAUCUGAUCUCCUCCGCUACGCUCCCAACUCCCCUGCUACCUCCAUCAGCGACACCCUGACCUCCGGAGCAGACGGACAAACUCACAAACAAUCAGGUGUUGUGCGGAUAUACUCUUCAGACGAGGUGCCGGUGAUAUCACCCUGUAUAAAGCUCCACAUCACCCACACCACCACAUCACGUGACGUCAUCAAUAGUGUGAUCAGGAAGUUGAGACGUCAGGGAGCUGCCGGACAACUAGCCCUGGAGGACUGUGACCUGACUAAGUUGAGUCUGGUGGCGUGUGUCAGUAAUGUUAAGCAUCAUAUUCCGGACACCGUUCAAAUACUUCAGCUUGGGCAGCCUUGGAUCAAUGCCAAGUUUCACAUCAGAUAUAUUGACUGAAGUGAGAUCAAGUCGUUGAGACCAAUUUUAUUCAGUAAUAUUGAGAUAAUAAUGUUUUUAACGUGUUUUAUUGAACAUUUUCGAGCUGAUGAAUUAAAGAAAGUUUUACAAUUACAUAAAAGUUUUGAUAAGACUAUUGUGGCAUUUAUUCCCAUUUUAAAUGAUUUAGUUUGUUGUUUAU